AUGGCCGCCUCUCAAGCUGCAGGGCUCGUGGAAAAGGUCAUUGGACAUGGAGACAAUGCAGCUGUCACGACUGAUGUGAGCAAUUAUUCCAAGAAUGAAUAUGGACAGGGGACGGGUGGCAGAAUCAAGGCGACAACCUGGCAAGGAAAAAACAGCAUCAAAGUUGUCGAAAUGCCUAAACCUAGGGUGAUUGACGAAGCUGAUGUCAUCGUCAAGGUGACGGGAAGCACAAUUUGUGGAAGCGAUCUCCAUUUAUAUCAUGGCGUCAUUCCCGAACUUGAAAAGGGCGAUGUUCUCGGACAUGAGUUCUGUGGUGUAAUUGAAAGCGUGGGACCUGGUGUCAAGAAUAUCAAAACCGGCGAUCGAGUGGUGGCCGCAUUCCCAAUCGCUUGUGGGAACUGCAUGAACUGCAAGAAGCAGCUGACUUCGGCCUGCGAACGGACAAACUCCAAUAGCAUUGCAAACGCAUUGUAUGGCAAACGAACAGCCGGCAUAUUUGGAUACAGCCAUUUCACCGCUGGUUUUGCGGGAGGUCAGGCGGAGUAUGUUCGUGUGCCAGAAGGAGACGUCAACCUGCUGCAGCUUCCGGAUGAUGUUCCAUUUGAGAAAGGACUUUAUCUAUCUGAUGUUUUGGCCACCUCGUAUCACUGCGUGACUGAUACAGGAGUGGACAAAGGUGACGUUGUUGCGAUCUGGGGUGCCGGCCCCAUUGGACAGAUGUGUGCCAAAUUCAGUUUCGAUCAAGGUGCCAGCAGAGUGAUUCUCAUCGACGGUGGAGAGGGUGCUUGGAGACUUGACUUUGUCAAGUCCAAGAUCCCGAAGGUCGAGACUCUGGACUUUACCAAAUUGCCAAGGGGAGAGUCGGUGACUUCGGAAUUGAAGAAGAGGGUCCACGGCGGCCCGGAUGUGGCUCUUGAGUGCGCCGCCGGCGAAUAUGCCAAGGGAUGGCUGCAUUACUUUGAGACCCUCCUGGGAAUGGAGACGGACACAUCGGAGAUCUUGAACGAGAUGAUCACAUCCGUCCGGCCUUUUGGGCGAGUGGGCGUCACCGGCGUCUAUGCUGGCUACACCAAUCAUUUCAACGUGGGUGCGAUGAUGCAGACGGGUGUUCGCUUGAUUGGUAACGGCCAGGCACCAGUACAAAAGUACUGGAAGCAUCUGUUGGAGCUCAUCCAGAAAGGUGAAAUCAACCCUCUGGACAUGGUCACGCACCGCAUGCGCCUGGAGGACAUGGAGAAAGUCUACGCGCUAUUUGACAAGCGAGAGGAGGGCAUGCAAAAGAUCUUUGUGCAAACCAGAUUCUCCGCGCCUCCAGCCGCGGGAUCUCCGAGUCUGACAGUAUUGUAA